AUGGCUCCUGUAGUAGAUGAAGGAGUAAAUCAUGGAGAGAGUAACGGUGAAAUUGGUGAAGGCAGUCAGGCUCGCCAAGAUGGAGAGAAGGACGCAGAUAAAAACGACGAGGUUAAGAUUGCUGAAGAUGAUGGACGGAUGACUCGAGGCCAUGAAAAAAUAUUUCUCACAGCUAUGCAAAAUGUGGGCUUCUAUUCUCUGAGGAACAAAAUAGUGCAAAAUGUGGGCUUCUAUUCUCUGAGGAACAAAAUAGUGCAAAAUGUGGGCUUCUAUUCUCUGAGGAACAAAAUAGUGCAAAAUGUGGGCUUCUAUUCUCUGAGGAACAAAAUAGUGCAAAAUGUGGGCUUCUAUUCUCUGAGGAACAAAAUAGUGCAAAAUGUGGGCUUCUAUUCUCUGAGGAACAAAAUAGUGCAAAAUGUGGGCUUCUAUUCUCUGAGGAACAAAAUAGUGCAAAAUGUGGGCUUCUAUUCUCUGAGGAACAAAAUAGUGCAAAAUGUGGGCUUCUAUUCUCUGAGGAACAAAAUAGUGCAAAAUGUGGGCUUCUAUUCUCUGAGGAACAAAAUAGUGCAAAAUGUGGGCUUCUAUUCUCUGAGGAACAAAAUAGUGCAAAAUGUGGGCUUCUAUUCUCUAAGGAACAAAAUAGUGCAAAAUGUGGGCUUCUAUUCUCUGAGGAACAAAAUAAGAACAAUUUGA